AAUUCUAGUGUAGCUUAAAAUGGCAAAAGAAGUAGUUGUGGCGAUUCUGUAUCUUACGUUCAUCGUUUUAAGUGCAAAUGGACAGCUACUGGAGGGCAUCUACUGUGGUAAAUUGAACUGUUACGACGUCUUGGGGGUUAGUAGAGAAGCCACUAAGAAUGAGAUCGCGAAAAGUUAUAGAAAACUUGCCAAGAAGUACCAUCCUGAUUUGUACAGGGAUAUCGAAGAGAAACUGCAAGCUGAAGAGCAGUUCAAAGUCCUAGCCAAUGCAUAUGAGAUACUUAAAGAUGAAGAGGCCAGGAACGACUAUGAUUACAUGUUGGACCAUCCUGAUGAAUACUAUGCCAACUAUUAUAGGUACUAUAGGCGAAAAGUGGCUCCAAAAGUAGAUGUGCGCAUAGUUAUAUUCGUAACUAUUUCCGUGAUUUCCAUAAUUCAGUAUUAUAGUGCUUGGCAAAGAUAUGAGACUGCUAUUAAAUACUUUGUGUCCCUGCCAAAGUACCGGAAUCGAGCUUUAGACAUUGCCCAGCAGAAGGGUAUUCUCCAAAAUGCCCAAAAGAAGUCCAAGGGAAAAAAUAAAGCCGAACAGAAAGAGGAAAUGGAACUAGUUAUAAGGACUAUAAUUGAGGAGAAUAUGGACAUAAAAGGGGCCUAUGCUAAGCCCACAAUAUAUGGCAUUUUAUGGGUUAGAUUGUUUCUGUUACCAUUCACCAUUUUAUAUUACGCUUAUUGGUAUACAAGGUGGUUUCUUCUGCACACCAUCUUGAGGAAACCAUACACUGAUGAGGAGAAGUUGUAUUUGAUUAGGAAAUAUUUAAAGAUGGGCGAGCAACAGUUUAGUGUCCUGGAGGACAGUGAGAAAAAGGAAUAUCUUGACAAGGAGUUAUGGAUAAGGGAUAAAUUUAAGGUGUGGCACAAAGAAAAAGAAGAUGAAGCAAAGAAACAACUUGCAGAGAAUUCGAGGUACAAACAGUACCGAAGGUAUCUCAAAAAUCACGGGGUUGGAAGGAUGACUUUUGAUGAUUCAUAACAACAUUUUUUUUAGAAGACUAUAAAAGAAUUUAUUUAUUAUUACUU